AUGGCCAAGGAGAGCAUUCUCUCUCAAAACCCUAGCGCCGCCUCCUUUGGGAGGCUUUCAGAGUUAAUAGACCUAAAAUCUAAAACCCGUAGUCAAUCUUCCUCAGCUCUCGCAGACUCCGCCAGUCCGCCUCCAACUCUCUCGGUCUCUCGACUCUCUCCCAGAAAUCGAUCUUCCUCAACCUUCAGUCAGUCAGCCAGUCAGCCCCUCUGUUCCUCACAAUCGGUCUUCCUAAGCCCUCAGCCCUCACCUCUAGAGAAAGACGAUCUGAUUGAAGAUUCAAUUUCGAUUUCGAUCCGAUUGAAGAUUGAGAAAUCGAUUUCGAUUUCGAUUUCGAUCCGAUUGAAGAUUCAAUCUCUGUGGGCGCUGCUUCAAUCAUCAUUUCAGGUCUGUGAGAAGCUUGCAGCUCAGUUGCACCACCAAGUUGAGAAUAAGAGAGCUGAGGUCGAACCCAAGAAGAUCUCGGAGUAUCAGAUUAUUGAGAUUACAGAGAAUGUUUGUAAUCUGAAGAAGGCGGAGGUGGAUUGGAUUUUGCUGAUUGACAUAGUUGAACAAGGAGAUAAGUUGCAGGUAAGAAUUUGUGCUUCAUUGCUUUGGAUCUUGUGGACUGAAAGUUUAGAGAUUGUGUUUUUGUCAACAGAAAUAUACUGAGUAAGAGACAUUGUUUGAUAUGAGCUGAAUUUUGGUGGUUGGUAUGAGAUUUUGGAAUCGAAGUUUGGGUUAUAUGUACAAGUCGGGGUUUGAGUUGUGGUUGGUUUGGUUUCGAUCCCAUAAAGCUGUGUGUUGGUUUGGUUGUAUAAUUUGUGAUUGCAUAUUAGCUUCUCUUAGCUUUGGAGACUACACUCAACGUUUGGUUUCAGAUAUUUCAUUGGCUUUUGUUUUGUGACAUAGCGUCUUGUUUAUUUCUUUGACAAGUGAAAUGAAAGAGAUUGAAACAAUAAAGGCUAGUGAAAAGACGAGAAAAGACCAAUAUGUAUUGAAAUGUAAAGUGUUUAGCAAGUGUAUUAAUCUCAUAACCAUUAUUUAAUCAUCCAGCUUGUA